CGUGUGUCGCAUGUGGUGUGGAAAAUCCGUAAUAUAGUUUUAUUACUUUUCUACAAAGUUUUUCGUGUGUGUUUGCGGUGUUUUCAACUAUACAUAGAGAGGAAAGUGUCUCUAACAAUGGGAGACCAGCCUGGUGCUGGUAACUCUCGCUCGUACAAGAUCCGAGGGUAUACGAGGGAGAGACAUUCAGCGAAACCGUAUGCUCGUCCAUCUGAUCAUAAGAAGGGAGUUCUAGAGACAGUGAAAGAUUUCUUCUCCCCAUCAUGGCUUGUAGAUUUAUUUAAAGGAAACCAGAGAUCAGAAACUAUUAGAAUAGAAGACGACGACGAUGCAGAAGAAUACGAUGGGGUUUCACAGGGAAUUGACCCAAGCUUCAAUCCAGGUUCUAACGAGCGAGCGUCAUCCUUUCGACCCCAAGAAGCUUCUGCAGGCAGUAAGAUGGGCAAUGGCCAGUUGAGAUCGUCCUUCGGACCGGGAUAUUUCUCAUCUGUUUUGCGAGAGCGCGAGCUUUCUAUGGAAACACCUUCUACCUCGAGACCUACAAGAACGUAUGGUUUAUUCACUGGGGAUGAUCGUGCGGGAGAACCUUCGACUAGUUCGGAAAGAUCGGAGGAAUGCGACAACGAAGUAGAAGUUCCAAGUUCGAAUAACGAGACAGUUGUGAUGCCGUCAAAAAUGGUCGAGGAUGAAGAUGUCAGGGUAAUUCACCCAGAAGUACAGGAGAUGAGCAAAUCAGACUCAAUUAAAACAUCCACCCCUGCCUUGUUUUCAACUCCUGGUCUCAGAAAAAGACCAAAUACAACGAUAUUUGGUGAACCUCUACCAGAAGCUUCAACAUCCCAGGGAUCAAAUAUUUCAACGCCACAGUUAUUUCCAUCAUUGUCUGAGUCCCAUCCACAGCCUUUUACAAUACCCAAAAACAGACCUUCUUUCUCUCUGUCAGCCUUUGGUUCUCCUUUGCCACCUAAACAAGCUGAAGUUAGGGGUUUUUCUUCAUUUUAUCCUGGAAAAACAUCUUUUGGGGGUGCUUCUUCUCUGCAUUCUUCAAGCUAUAAAAGACAGAGGAUGAAUUCUCCAACUUUCGGAGAGGUUCCAAAGCCAGUGAGGAAAGUGAUAACACCCAAGCCCAUUUCAACAUCUGGAAGAAGUGGUGUGACCAGUCAGACAGCAAAGAGAAUACUUGAUGCUUUAGAAAACAUGUCCUCACCCCUAAUUGAUGCCAGAAGAAUACCAACACCACCUGUUCCCCCUUCAGCUUCACCCCUCUCUUUUUCACCUUCACAGCGAAAAAGAGCUCCUCCUCCUUCUCGAGCUGUAGGUUCAACACGCUCUCUGAAGGCUCGUUUUCCUGGUCCUCCAGUACAAGAUCUCUCUGCACCUCAACAAGCAUCAAUUUCUUGCUUGAGAGCAAAAGGAACCUCCACCCCAGCAAGCACAGCUACUUCAUCAGGUUCACACAGAUUUUCUAUGGCAUCAACCACAAUCCCAACAUUUUCCAAGCCAUCAGUGUCCUCCUUUAUUCCAACACCUUUACCGAUUUCUCUAUCACCAUCGUCCUCCAAGGCUGGGGGGAAAGUGAAAAGUGCAAGAAGUACGAGUCAUUACACGCAGAGAGAUAGAGGUGAUGAUGACCAAAGUGAAAACGAGGUUGUAAAUCCAAUACCUGAGGUUGAGAAUCCUGUCCCACUGAAAUUACCGAAUGGAAAAUCCCUGCCAUCCUUUUCUUUUAAGUCUGUUUCUGAAACAGCAACAAAACCUGCAGCCACGAGUACGCCAGUAGCCUCCAAUGCAUUAACUUUGGACUUUGCCAAAAAUAACUUUAAGUUCUCGUCCCCUGAAGCAAAGUUGCCAGUGUUUUCUAAUACGACAACAGCGGACAAUCAGAGUAGUGCUAACAAAAUUACGUUUUCUUUUAGUCAGCCUGUUCCUGUUAGUAAAAGUAGUACAAACAAUGAGAAUAAAUCAGUCAUAGACAAACAGGAAAUAAAUAGAGUUUCAGAGUUGAAAGAAACAGUGAAGCCUGUGGAACCCAAUAACAAUCUUCUCAGCAAAUUUACACCCUUGUCUGGCUCAUGGACAUGUGACACAUGUUUAGUGUCAAAUAAAGCAACAGAUAUGAAGUGUGUGGCUUGUCAAAGUUCCAAGCCAUCAGAUGGAAAGCCAAAUGCUAGGAAGCCAGCCCCUUCCAACAAUGACUUGAUGCAAAAGUUUGCUGCAAAACAAGGGUCUUGGUCCUGUGAUACAUCUAUGACUGACAAUGAUGCAAGCAAAGCAAAAUGCGUUGCUUGCGAGACACCGAAAGCGGGUGCUAAACCACCUGGGUUAUCAUCAAAACAUGUGAUCAUUAUCGACAAUGACUUGAAGAAGAAGUUUGCUUUGCCAGCUGAUUCUUGGGAAUGUGAUGCUUGCAUGGUUCAAAAUAAAUCAACAGACAACACCUGUAGUGCCUGCCAAAUGCCAAAACCUGGUACUACCAAGAUUGAAACAGUAACUGCUACAGCAAUGCCUUCAUUUGGCAUUUCAUCAAAUAUUAAACCAGACAGUAGUUUAGCAGCCAAAUUUGCACCUCAGGCUGGCACUUGGACUUGUGACACUUGCAUGGUUGAUAAUAAAAGUGAGGAUUCGAGUUGUGCUGCUUGUCAAACACCAAAGCCUGGAGCUAAACCAGGAGUAAUUACUGCAAGUGGAUUCAAUUUAGGUAGUGGGCAGACCUUUUCUUCCUCUUCUUCUUCUUUACCCUUCAAGUUUGGAACGGGAAACUCAGCGGCUGCAAGUUCUAGCUCAGUAUCGGCAUUUAAAGUAGGGUUCGGCAGUGGGGUAGAUACUAAAACAAAUGGUGAAUCUUGCACUUCGGGAUCAAUUACUUUUGGAGCUACAGCAGAUCAAAAUCGCAACAACGACUCCAUGCCUGAAGGUGCCACUAAACUACCAGCUACAUUUAGGUUUGGUGCUUCGACAUCUCAAGCCAGUGACUCAAAUGUAAUAAAGACAAGUGCUCCAACUUUUGCUUUUGGUGUUUCAGCUAAUGAUCAAUUAGGCAAAGAUCACAACAGUAAGCCAUCCUUUAGUUUUGGAGUGAACAGUUCUGUUGAGAAUGACAAACCCACUUCUGAAGGGUUUACAUAUGGGGCUAACAAAGUUACCCUUGAUGCCUCCAAAAAAGGCAAAGCAAGUUCCAGAGCUGAAGCUGCAGCCAGUGGACUUCUCAAGGUGCCAGAGGUGAAAGACACUGAAGUUUCAGUGCAGUCAACUAAACAGGCUGGAGCUGGAUUGUCUAUUGCUGAUGCUGCCAAGUCAGGCUUUCUCAAAGUACCUGAAGUUGCUGCAACCAAAGUUGAUCCUGGUGCUCCUCCCAAUGUUAAUUUGUUCGCACUAGGGCCUGCUGCCAGCCAACCCAAUGCAUCUUCAAAUUCUUCUUCUGCAGCGAAUUCUGGCAGCUUAGGAGGUUUCUUUACCGCACCAUCUGGAGCACCUUCGCCAUUUAGUUUUGGGGCUGCAGCAUCUUCAUCGUCAGCAGCCACCCCUGCUGCAGCUUCUAGCUCAGCAGCUUCCACCAGCAAUCCCUUGGCAAAUCCCUCAGUCCCUGAGGGAUCCAGCUUACCAACAUUUCAGUUUGGAGCAGCUUCAGCAUCUGCACUUAGCACGGAAUCUGAAGCAGCUAAGACAACAAGUCUAACUCAGUCACCCUUUAGAAUUCCUACUAACACUGCACAACCAGAGAAAAGUACGGCCUCUGCGCCGUUCUCGUUCGUGCCAAAUGCUGCACCUCCAACAAAUACUCCGGCAGGGUCGUUCAGUUUUGGCUCCAGUCUUACGAACACUACCGGGACCCCUGCAACAGGAACUUUUCAGUUUCCACCGCCAAGCACCCAAGCUUCAGGUUCCUUGAAGCCGGCUGCUCCAUCUAUAACAACAGGACGGUUUCAGUUUGGUGCUUCAAAUACUACAGCAGUGACAAGUUCUGCAACACAACCUGCAGUAGCACCAUUUAGAGCAACGUCCGCGCCAAUCACCUCCAGUUCGGACCCAGCUAAGGCAUUUUCUUUUAACAGUGGAUCGACCGCACCUGUUUUUCCAUUUGCUCCAGCAAAACCCUCUGUGCCCACAGGAGGUGGUCAGCCCUCGUUCAACUUUGGGGGAUCAGCUCCAAAGCCGGAGCUAACCUUCCCUGGCUUUGGGGCUUCACAACCCUCAUCAAACCAGCAAACACAAUUCAUGUUUGGUGCUGCAUCAUCUAAUGCUACACCUGCUCCAGAAGAAACCAUGGAAGCCGAUGGUAGCAGCAGUUCUGGCAAUCUGUUUGGCUCAGCAGCCAAUACAGGAGGAACAACAUUUGGUACCGCAGGCUCCAAUGGAGGAUUUCCCUUUGGGGCGCCAAGUGGUCCUUCUUCUGGAGGGUUUAAUUUUGGGGCCGCUCAGGCUGCCUCGGUUCCAAGCACCUUCACAUUUGGAGCCAGUGGAGGCGGAGGUGCUCCCACAUUUGGAGCCAAUACUGGCCCAUCAGUUGCCGCUCCCGCUCCAGGUGGAUUCAACUUUAACGCGGUAACGGCUAACAACAAUAUAGGAGGCCCUGGAGCAUUCAGCUUUGUAGCGGGAAGUGCCCCUCCUCCAGGGGGCCCCUUGUUUACCACCGGCAUUGCGGGAGAUCCCAGUAAUAUAAUGCAGAGAAAGUUCAAGAAAGCUGUGAGACGCACUAACAAGCGUUAACCCCCGUCCCUACACGGGGUUUACGAGACAAGACUGUUGUACACUUACCGAGUACAAACGUUACGAGGAUAUCGUCUCACUCUCUCUCUCUCUCUCUCUCUCUCUCUUUCUCUCUACCCGAUGGUACUCAUUACGGAUUCACGAACAUGAGACGAACCCAUCCAAACUAUCGCGACGACGAUAAAACCUGGGGACUGUUCAAAGGAACACUCUGAAACGGCGACGUGUUGUCGCAAGACGUUUGACGAAGACGCUAAACGGCGGCGUGUACUGAACGCCAUCUUAGACGGACCGAACGAAGCGUGCCGGCUAAGAGAAAAGUAGACUGGAAAGAAGAAAGAACGAGCUCAGCUCAAGGAAUGAAUUCAGUUUUAGAAUUACAAUGCUAUCGCGACCACUUUAUGAACAAAGUUUACGAUACGACUCCACAUCACGGACCAAGGACAUUUAUUAUUAAUUUUCGUUUGUUACAUUUUUCGUUUUUUUUUUCCUACUCAUAUAUUAAGAUAUAUAUAUAUUGUAUCGCUGAUAUUUUUUUUUUCUUGUGACGAACCUUUUAGAGAUUGUUUCUUAAGUUAGCAUGGCUAGGUUUGGGAGAAAAACCCAAAGAAAAUCUCUACAGAAAGUGAUUGUCAGUAUCGAUGUAAUGUCUGUUGAAAUCGGAACGCAAUUAUUUGUUUUGUUUUUUGUUGGAUUUUGACAUGGGAUUGUUUUUCUCAGUUUGAAAGCUGGGAGAAACUUUUUCCUUUAUGCGAUCUGUCCUCGCAUUCCACGCGUAGUUCAGCCUCGCACUUUAUCUUAAUUUUCGUUGAAGUGAAUAGUUCAGUGUGAUUUAUAAAUGGCUUUUUAAACGAUAUAUUUUAAACAACUCUGCGUCAAAUUUUCUUCACGAAGAGAGGGUUUUUCUUCGUAUGCCAUGGAAAUUGGGAUGGGAUAUCUAAAAGGGGUUAGAAAGACAGAAUUGCACGAGUUUUGGAAAUGAAGAGUAAUUGUACAUAUUCUAAACACUAUUUAAGUAAUUUCUUUAUCGCUUGAUCACAUAAACUCUUGGUUGGCUUUUGUUUGGGUGUUAGGAGGGGAGGGGAGGGUAGAAAUAUGACUGCUCUUCACAUUGAUUUUACUUGCUACUGUUUUUGAGAACGUAAACAUUUGAAUAUUAAACAUUAAACAAAUUUUGGCUCCCCUC